UCUUUCUUUUUCCAAACUCCUUUUCUCUCUCGAAUUCAAUUCAAUCACGCACAUAAACCCUAAAUCAUUCAACAUGCCAUUGCAUUGAUUUCAGUUCUUCCACCCACCAGAAUCAACUAUAUAAUCUCAACUGUUGUUUGUGUUGUGUGAGUUGUAAUCUAACCCAGAUAUGGGUCUUGAAACAUGGCUAAUCAAGGUUAAGAAAUCCAUAUCCCACAAUUUCGAUUCCGUUCAUGCUAUUCCACCGUCUAGGAAACCGGUAAUCAAGAAAUCCAGGGUGGGGGUUUUGGCUUUCGAGGUCGCUGGAAUUGCUCCGAAGCUCAACCACAUGUGGCAGAUCCUCUCCGACAAGAAUAUGGCGCGUCUUCGGAAUGAAUCCAUAUACCUAGAAGGUGUUCGAAAAAUUGUCUCAACCAACGAUGUGUUCCUACUGGGCCUAGCCUGUGGUGAAAUGGUUGAGAACUUGAGAGUUCUCGCGAAAUCGGUCUCUAGGCUGAGCAAACGGUGUGAAGACUCGAGUCUUCGGAGCUUUGAGAUGGUGUUCGAUGCUUUUGCAAACACGGGUCGUGACCCUCAUGGCUGGAUUUUGAGCUGGAAAGAAAUGGAGGCCAAGAAUAAGAAGAUGCAGCGAUUCAUGACGGCCACGGCUGCACUUCAUAGAGAGAUGGAUGAGCUAACUGUCAUAGAGAACAGUUUAAAGAAAUCUUUAUCUUCACAGUGUCAUCAUGGUCACAAGAAAGAUCAUCAUGAUGUUUCUUUUGGCAAUUCUAUGAAGCAACAGAAGAUUCUUGAUCUCCAGCAAAAGCUCCAAUGGCAGAAACAAGAGAUCAAGUAUUUAAAAGAGAAAUCUUUAUGGAACAGAAGUUUUGACACAAUAACUUCAUUGCUUGCUAGAUCAAUCUUCACCAUUUUAUCAAGAAUCAAGCUUGUUUUCAACAUCAGCCAUGGCUAUCCCACUUCUCUCCCUCGCAGCCUCUCAGCUUCAGCCACAGUCUACCCAUCUGAUCAAACCUCAAAUUCCUUCAACUUUGUAUCUGGGCCAUUAGUCAAAAGCUCAAAACAUCAAGAAAACAACCAUCUCUCACAUGGGUUUUUCGAAAGGAAUUCAAAGAUACUAAAACCAUCAUCAACCACGUUAGGAGCUGCUGCUCUUGCUUUGCAUUAUGCCAAUUUGAUAAUUGUGACAGAAAGGAUGAUUAGAUCACCCCAAUUGGUGGGAGUUGAUGCCAGAGAUGAUCUUUACUCGAUGUUACCGAAUAGCAUAAGGUCUUCUUUAAGGAGUAGACUAAAAGGGAUAGGGUUUACAGCCAGUGAUCCAGUUCUUGCAGGAGAAUGGAGAGAAGCCUUGGGAAAGAUAUUGGGAUGGCUUUCACCAUUAGCACAUAACAUGAUGAAAUGGCAAAGUGAAAGAAGCUUUGAACAUCAGAAUCUGAUGCCCAAAACUGGUGUUCUUCUUUUACAAACGCUGUUCUUUGCAGAUCAGCACAAAACUGAGGCUGCCAUAACUGAGCUUUUAGUUGGUCUGAAUUAUAUCUGGAGAUUUGAAAGAGAGAUGAAUGCCAAGGCCUUGUUACAUUGCACCAAUUUCAAGAAUCAGCAGCCUACCAGUUAAGCAAGAUGAGUUCUU